CGUCACCGGGCCAGCUGUUCAGCCCAAACAAUCCUUUGUCGCGUAGAUGAAGGUUGUUUGUGGUUUGAGGAGCGCGUGAGACGUAGGUGCUUCCGCGGGCGCAGUUUUGAAGUUAUGUGGUGAUGCAGCCAAGUGGGCUGGAUGGACGGCUGCCGGUGUUCGUGUUCCCUCCUUCCAUCACGGUGUACCUGGCCGACCCCAGCACGCACAAGCAGAUUGUUACCCUCUAUAACCCCUAUGACUUCACUAUCUCCUAUCAAGUACUAUGCAACGCUCCAAGCCGCUACACUGUUGACACCCCCCAUGGAGCGAUCCGAGCAAAGCGUUCUGUAGACAUUAUCGUCAGGCAUAUAGAUGUGUCACUGAGCAAUGUGCAGACUCCGGAUAAGCUUCGUAUUCAGAUCACGGAAGAAGGAAAGAGACAGGUCCUAGGCAGGAAGGACAUCCCAGUAACAUUGGUGAAGGGAGUCCCAGAAGCCCGGAGUGGGACAGAAAGCGACUGCUUUGAGUCCGUCCGCGCUCCUUCCUCUCGUGCAGCCGCAGGAGCAGCUACCUCAGAUACUGCUCAACACCAGCAUCAACGACAACAUGCUUUUGGAGCAAAUCAAGGAAACACGGGUCCCAGUUUGGUCCUGGUCAGCGCUGCUGUGGUCUGCCUGCUAGGCCUACUAAUGCCCACGGAAGGCGACCAGACCCCAACACGCAUCCCGCAGUACCUCCACCUCAAUGCCAACAUCAAAAUUGUGCUCGCCUAUGUGCUCGGACUCUUAACAUACGCCAUCCUGCGAGUGGGGUGACAGCAACGAAGACGAAAAGAAGAAAAAUUUAUUCCCAGUGGAAGUGAAAGCUAUGCGACCUUUUGUAAUUUCAAACAUAAUAAUUCACCAUGUCUUGGCAUCUUAGAACAAACAGUAAUCUCUUUGGCAGAGAGGAAGGGAUGCAGGAACAAUUUUUAGAUAUCUCCAACAUCAUUUCAAUUUUUUUUCUAUGCUUGAAUUGAUGUCCUUUUUCCUUGGAUACAAUUUCCUUCUUUCAUUAUCAUGGCCUUGCAUUGCUUGUGUGUUCAUCCUGUCUCUAAGGGUAGACAUAGCUUUAAGUAAAUCUUUACUUUGGGAGGGGAGGAGAGAACCAACAGCUGUGAGGAUAGAAUAAUAUUAAUAUGUAAAGUAUCAUGUUGUAAAUAAGAUAGGAGUCAAGAGUUUUCCUUAUCAUUUCCCCCAUUGCAGCUAACUUGACUCUUGAGUGGUUCAUAUUAGGGGUGGGAAGAUGCAGAUGAACUAGGCUGCACUUUUUUAGUUUUGAGAUGCAGGAGAUAGUUUGCACAUUAAUGAACAAAUAUGGAAUUAACCAAGGGAGAAAAGAUAAGAUAUUAGAGAGCAAAGACAUAGAAAGAUCAUAAUGGAUAGAGAGGCUUUUUUUCCAUGCAUACAACAAAGCUUACACUUAGAAACAGAAGGAAGGAAUGCAACAUAUAUUUUAGAACACUUUAGUCAACGAAGGGGUAACAGGUUGAAGAAGUAAAGAUAAAAUGGAUAAAUGAUAUACAUGUAUACAUGUUCCUCUGUAUAUGUAUUCUCGAAGCUCAUUUUUUGUACGAAACUAAAUGUAAUUUUCCUUUUUUCCAUACUAUUUUUUUCAUUGUCACAAUACUAGGCUAGAUGUGAUAUGCUUAAGAAAUCAAUUGUGUUCAUUGCUACACCAGGCUUGUAUUCUAAGCUAUUUGGAUUUUUUUAUAUACAUAUGUAUCAAUGGAUAUGUAAAGUCCUAAUAAAGACUUGCCAUAAACACAUUUUACAAAGAGAAGAAAAAAAAGUUUUAUAGCUAUUGAAAAUAAUCUUGUGCUGUAGUUUGAUGAUAAAAGUAUUUGAUAUUGUA